AUGUAUGGAAAAGAAGUAUGUCAGGGCGAGGUUACUAAGCUGCUCAGCGUAGACUUGAAAGGUAUGGGAUUUGACCUUCACAAAACUAUGAUUUCAGGGCCUAAUCUCGCUUUCGGCAAGCCAACUUUCCAAAUGGACACGUACCCAGGCGGUGAGUCCCGCAAGGCAGUGGAUGGUAACAAGGCUACGGAUUUUGCCGCCGGAAGCUGCACCCGAACUAAUAUGAAAUUGAAGGACAAAGACAAUAUGAAUUGGUGGGCGGUAGAUUUGAAAAAGCGAUAUACCAUCAACAAGGUCACGCUCUUCAACAGGGGUGAUUGCUGUGGUCAGAGGCUGGCAAACUUCGACAUCGUCGUGGUAGACACUCGACCCGUACCAAAUCUGACAUUGCGCUAUUUGAAGAACCAGAUCUGCGCCCAUCAGAAGGGUGCGGUCAGGCAGGGCAAAGUGGGGACCUACACAUGUGAGAAGUUGGUGAAGGGCAGGUAUGUAGCGGUAGUGCAGGCCCGGACGGAAUACCUGACGUUGUGCGAGGUUGAAGUCUUUGGAACGGCAGAAUCAGAGUAUUUCGAAAGUCUCUGCUAG